GUAUUCCACAUUGUACCGUUAGUGGUCAUAUAGAAUUUUUCUGUUAGCAUGUUUAGAAUGGAUUUCAUAAUAUCUGUAUGUUAAAUAUGGGCAGAAGAGAAUGUCUUGCAUGUUGUGCUUGUCCAUUAGAUGGAUCCUCUGAGGACAAAAUUUUAGGGGCUGAUCUUUCCAUCCUUCGACAACUAAGAUCUAUUCAACGGCUGUACUUUAGAAUUGUUUCUAAUCAUUAUGAUUCUCCAGGCAGAGGAUUUUUACUUUCUGUAACAGUGUUCUUCACGGAAUUGCAAUUUGAGUAUGUCCUUCCAGGUCAAUAUUCUGUUUUCGACAUUGGACAAUGAUGUUGGGCAAGAAUCAUGAUCCUCGGGGCAAUCAUUCAUCCUACAACUUUUCUCCUUUAGCAUAGUGGUGCAUGGGACCAAGCACCCUAAAGAAACCAAAUCUGAAAACCAGGGCGGAGAGCUACUGGAAUCGUUGCUGCAUCCUACUCAUAUUGGAUUGAACUCAAGAUUGUCAUCACAAAUUUUUGGUGGAUGCGCCGAAGCCACAUAUGCUACUUCUCAGCACUCGUCAGAAUUAUCAAGUAGCAUAUACUUACAAAUGAUUGAGAGUAUCAAGGGAAAAAGUAUGACAGCCUCUGGAUUUUGAUUCCAAGAGGUUGACAGAACAGGUAUGUCCUAAGCCAGGGCAGGGCGGUGACAAGAAAAGAACAUACAAGUGAUGAUUGGUGGUCUGUAGCAGGAUAUCUGAUGUUUUGGUCGUUGUCCAUCUUUUGGAUUUCAAGCUGAUCCUGACCCACCUGAGUGCUGGUUGCUUCCUGAUGGGUUAUAUGCAGGAGUAAUGUACACCAACAGCCCUUCUCCUGCUCUAUAAAUAGAGCAACCUACCAUGGCUCUAGUAUCUCAUCGGCAUCUCUUAUCUUUGCACUACUCCAUCCUUUGCUCCAUUCGUCUCUUCUUACUCGGCCAGAGAUGGAGAGCUCUAGCUUGCAGCGCCAGCUUGCCAACCUGAAGAAGAGCCUCUUUGAUCAGGGUAACCUAGACGAACAAUUUUAUCAGCUAGAAGAGUUGCAAGAUGAUGCUAGUCCUAAUUUUGUGGAAGAGGUCGUCACCUUGUUCUUCAGGGACUCCUCCAGAUUGGUGGCUAAUAUUGAGCAGGCCAUUGAGAAGUGUCCUCGAGAUUAUGAAAGUCUGGACGCAUUGGUGCACCAAUUAAAGGACAGUGCUUCCAGCAUCGGCGCCGCGAAGAUGAUGAAAGACUGCACCGUCUUCAGAGACUACUGUGAGAAACGAAACUCCGAAGGGUGCCUACGAUCGUUUCAGAAGGUGAAGAAGGAGCACUCGACCCUGAGGCUGAAGCUGGAGAACUACUUCCAGCUGUUAAGGCAAGUUGGUCCUGCUGAGAAAGCCACUCGCUCCGGCAAGUGAGAGGAGAUCAUCGAUCGUCAACGAAGCUAUGUGACGUGAGUCGAAGCAGAUAUAUAGCGUAGGUUGGUGUGAGAAUAAGCAAUGUUAUUGCAGCAGAUGUUGACUUUAAUAUAUUCGACCGUGGAGUCUAAAUAAAUAUUAACUCCACAUAUAUCCUAUCAAACUUCAUGUGCAAUCUGUGAUCAUAAAAUCUUAACGUUGGGAGGUACAAAAUUCUAAUA